AACACGUUUCAAUGGUCUGGAUCACUGAAGACCAUAGGCCUUAGUGGCUGUUUUAUUUUAUUUUAUUUAUCUUGCAAGUCUCAAAUUUUGUCUUCAUUUCAGUGGUUCAAAGCAUCCCAAUUUUUUUUUUAAAAAAAAUUUUUAUACUCUUUUCGCAUAUUCCAUUUUCGCAUGUAUAUAGAUUUUUGGAACAUACGGAAAGGUGUAAAUUCAAAUGAAAAAGUUUUGAGUCUGAUAGACAGACAGUUACCCAGAGCUUGCUUUUUUGGUUUGGCUUUAAUUGCCAAAACUGAAUCAUUUACUUUCUUUGGAGAUCUCAUUGAAGAGCUUAAGCUGAGCUUCUUUCGCUGUUGAAUCCUCUUGAGAAUUGGUCUAAGUUGGUUUUGUUCGGACACAGGUGGUUUGCUUUUUGGUCUUUGCCUGAAAAAGGCGAAGUGGGUUGUCUUUGAAAAGGGGUAAAGUUUGAUAUUUUAUUUAGUAAAUUGAGAUUCAAGGAGGAAAAUUCUCAGCAACAGCCAUACAGAUAAGCUGAGAAAUCCGCUUUUGAACAUGACUGUAGCAUUACUAUGGGUUGCGAUUCCCAGUACAGAGGUCUCCAACUCCUUCGGAUUCUUCCAUUCGGUUCGAGUUUUAGAUUCAUCCAAGUUUGGUUGCGUAGAUCGGAAUUUGAUGUUUAAGGGGAAAGCAAAAAAGGGUAGGAACCAGAAAUGGAAGUCAGGAUCGGUGAGUAUAGAUUUGAGGAGUACUUGCAUAGGUAGCGGACGCAAGCUACCAAUAAUAUCGAGCAUGGUGGCGAGUCACGCAGGAGAAAUAGCCAUCUCCUCUGAGGAAAAAGUAUACAAUGUGGUGCUGAAGCAAGCAGCCUUGGUUAAACAGCAAUUAAAGUCUAGUGAAGAUCUAGACGUGAAACCAGAUAUUGUGCUUCCAGGGACUUUGAGCUUGUUGAGCGAAGCUUACGAUCGAUGUGGGGAAGUUUGUGCUGAGUAUGCCAAGACUUUUUACUUGGGAACUCUGUUAAUGACCCCUGAAAGGCGAAGAGCUAUUUGGGCAAUAUAUGUGUGGUGUAGAAGGACAGAUGAGCUUGUUGAUGGACCUAAUGCUUCACACAUAACGCCAACAGCUUUAGAUAGGUGGGAAGCAAGGUUGGAAGAUAUGUUUCGAGGUCGUCCCUUUGAUAUGCUUGAUGCUGCUUUAUCAGAUACAGUUACUAAAUUUCCUGUUGAUAUUCAGCCAUUCAAAGAUAUGAUUGAAGGAAUGAGGAUGGAUCUGAAGAAGUCCAGAUAUAAGAACUUUGACGAGCUUUAUCUUUACUGUUAUUAUGUUGCUGGGACGGUUGGAUUAAUGAGUGUUCCAGUGAUGGGCAUUGCACCUGAAUCACAGGCAUCAACUGAGAGUGUUUACAAUGCUGCUUUAGCACUAGGAAUAGCCAAUCAGCUGACCAACAUACUCAGGGAUGUCGGAGAGGAUGCAAGAAGAGGAAGGAUUUAUUUACCACAGGAUGAAUUGGCACAGGCAGGGCUUUCAGAUGAUGACAUAUUUGCUGGAAAAGUGACAGACAAAUGGAGAAAUUUCAUGAAGAACCAGAUUAAAAGAGCAAGAAUGUUCUUUAACGAGGCAGAGAAAGGAGUGACAGAGCUGAGUGCUGCAAGUAGAUGGCCGGUAUGGGCAUCCUUGCUGCUGUACAGAAGAAUACUAGACGAGAUAGAAGCAAAUGAUUACAACAACUUCACAAAGAGGGCUUAUGUGAGCAAAACCAAGAAGAUAGCAUCUUUGCCAAUUGCAUAUGCAAGAUCAUUUGUUGGGCCUUCAAGAAUGUCAUCUCCUGUGACAAAAGCUUGAUAUGUGCAAACCAUGAACAUCAAUUUCAAAUGCCCAAUUGAUAUUAAAAAGUUAAAUCUUUACUUC